AUGUCUACCGAUCCUGACAUUCAAUAUGGCCUGCUUGCAGAAGAUCUUGCCAGCCCUGGCCUAGUUGUCGACCUAGUCCUGCGAGUAUCACUAGCCACUGUGGCUAUCAUCGCUACCUGGGUGCCCUUUCGCCUGCUAUGGAGGAGUGGCGAGUUUGCCGCGGCCCUUCUUGCCGCCAAUAUCAUAAUCUCAAAUUUCAUCACUAUCAUACAAGCCCUUAUCUGGCGUGACGAUGCAGCACUGGACGGUUACCGAGGCCAAGGAUGGUGUGAUGUUCAGGCCUACAUCAACAUACCGCUCAGCACCAUGUAUGCCACCUGCGUCUUUGCUGUGAUCCAGCACGUCUCUGCCCAGGUCAGCCUCAGACGGGCUACGGGCCUAUCUCGCGCUGAGAAGAGGCGGAGGAACUUGAUCCAGGCCCUCAUUAUCUUCCCGGUACCCAUUCUCCAGAUUGCCCUGAGCUACCCGGUCCACGCAUAUCGCUACAGCAUAACAACACUACAAGGGUGCGAUGGUGGCUUUGAGGGGAAUCUACUCACCUUCUUCUUUUUUCUUAUACCUAUCCCAGUCUAUGUCAUCGGGGCUAGUAUCUAUGCCAUAAUCACCCACUUUCAGUUCCGCAAGCUAUCAACCGGAAGCUCGGUCAUACAACAAAACAACAGUGGUGCGGCGGCCAGAAGCAACAGGGCCAAGCGCAAGCUCUACCUCAUGACAGUCUCCAUAGUGGCUCCGUACCUCCCCAUUCAGAUUGCCUUUCUCGCCAUCAACCUUAGGAGCACCGAUGGUUGGUUUCAGCUUUACAGCUGGGAAGAUUUUCGGAGCCAACCUACUUUGAACGGCAUCAUGCGCGUCCCGAGCUGGCAGGCGAACUGGAUAUCCAUGCGAGUCUGCUACAUUGCCAUCCUGUCGGCCAUUCCUAUAUUCAUCUUCUUCGGCACGACGAAGGAUGCCGUGAAUACCUGGCGAGGAUACUGCCUAGCGGUGGGCCUCGGCAGGAUCUUACCACAGCUCAAGGAGGAGUACGAUCCAGACCGUCCACGAGGCACGCAAAAUACCAACACGCUCCAGUCCUGGGGGACUGGUUCUCUUGUGUCAGCAACGGACCGCAAGGUAUCUGUGGCAAGGGAUGGGUCACACUCAGCCUCCGGCUCAGACCACUUUGAGGAUAUUCAACUUCCCAACAUUGACACGAUAGCACAAGCCGAGCCCGCUCAGCUUCGGGCUUACGACAGCAGCAGUGGCAGUGGUAAGGGCUUCAGCGAGGAAGAAAGUCACCAGGCGCGCAGGAUCUUCUCGCUCAAGAAGAUGCCGGUCCCCAUCCCUCGUAUCGGCCGCUGGUCCAGUCGUUCUAGGCAUCGGGCCUCGGAUGACGACACAGCACCACUAGGCGACCCUGGCACCCGUCGGGUCUCACCAUCCCCAAACAGGUCGCGGCAGAUGGACCAUCUAGAAGCCCCGGCACGUUGGGAGCCUAGCCCUUCCGGCUCUUUGGUCGAGACUAGAGUGUGGUCGGAUGACUUGGAGAGUGUGAGGGAUGUCGGCAGAGGGCGCGGGAGAAGAGAGCCGUCGCCGCACGAGGUCGUGGUCAAGACACAUAUAGCCACUUGUUCUACUUCACAAACUCCUGCCUUAUGA